UUGUGGUUAUGGUGCAGAGACACGGAAGAUGGCGGCCCGCUGGAGUAGCGAGAAUGUUGUGGUGGAGUUCAGAGACUCACAGGCCACUGCUAUGUCAGUGGAUUGCCUUGGGCGCCAUGCUGUGCUAUCUGGACGCCGGUUUUUGAACAUCGUGAACCUGGACGCCCCCUUGGAGGUCCCUCGGAAGAUCGCACGCCAGAGCAAGUGGGACAUUGGGACAGUGCAGUGGAACCCCCACGAAUCCUGUGCUUACUACUUCGCUGCUUCGAGUAACCAGCGAGUGGACCUGUAUAAGUGGCGUGAUGGAGCUGGUGAGAUCCACACCUCUCUGCAGGGGCACACACGGGUGAUCAGUGAUCUGGACUGGUCGUGGUUCGAUCCAGAGCUGCUUGUAACCAGUUCUGUGGACACCUACAUCUAUAUCUGGGACACUAGGGACACAAGAAAGCCAACGGUUGCCCUUUCUGCUGUGGCGGGUGCCUCCCAGGUGAAGUGGAACAAGAAAAACCAGCACUGCCUGGCCAGUAGCCAUGAUGGGGAUGUACGCAUCUGGGACAAGAGGAAACCCAACACGGCCGUGGAAUACGUGGCUGCCCAUCUCUCUAAAAUCCAUGGGUUGGACUGGCACCCUGAGAACGAGUUCAUACUGGCAACUUCCAGCCAGGACAACUCUGUCCGGUUCUGGGAUUACCGUCAACCCCGUAAAUACCUCAACAUACUGUCCUGCCAGGUACCUGUCUGGAAGGCACGGUAUACGCCUUUCUCUAACGGCCUAGUGACAGUGAUGGUCCCGCAGCUGCGCCGGGAGAACAGCCUGCUGCUGUGGAGUGUGUUUGACCUCAACGCUCCCGUCCACACCUUUGUGGGGCACGAUGACGUUGUGCUGGAGUUCCAGUGGCGCCGGCAGAAGGAAGGCUCCAAAGAUUACCAGCUGGUGACCUGGUCCCGUGACCAGACCCUGCGGAUAUGGCGUGUAGACCCACAGCUGCAGAGGCUGUGUGCAAACAACAUAUUGGAAGGGGUGGAUGAGCUGAUGGAUGGGAUGUCUCUGGAGUCAGACAAGACGCUCCUUUCCCAGGACUCAGAGCCACAGCAAACUCCAGGUCACGGGACUGAGGAGGAGGAAGCUCAGCGAGAUGACCUCCAAUCCAGUAUGACACCCACUGGGAAAUUGGACCAGCUGGGGCUGCCGCAGACCCUGCAGCAGGAGUUCUCAUUGGUCAAUUUGCAAAUACGCAACGUCAAUGUGGAGAUGGAUGCCUUGAACAGAAGUUGUGCAGUUUCAGCCCACUGCGGUAGCAAUCGCGUGUGCAUGGUGGUGAUGUUCCCUGCACAGUACCCCAACAAUGCUGCGCCCUCCUUUCAGUUUGUCAGCCCCACCACUAUACCCACCAGCAUGAAAGCCAAGAUACUCAAGAUCCUGAAGGACACCUCACUGCAGAAGGUGAAGCGGAAUCAGAACUGCCUGGAGCCGUGUGUGAGGCAGCUUGUGUCCUGCCUUGAGUCCUGUAUGUCACCCUUUCCUGCUCCUCAGACUCAAGAAGACAGUGGUCCUGGGAAUCCCUAUGUUUUGUCUAACACUAUGAACCAGCCGCUGCCAGCCUUCCCUCGUGUCACCAACACCUACGGAUCGUACCAAGAUGCCAACAUCCCCUUCCCUCGCACCUCAGGGGUACGCUUUUGUGGGGCAGGAUAUGUGGUGUACUUCACAAGGCCCAUGACCAUAAACCGGACAUUGUCACCCACGGAGCCCACCCCCAGGUCCCUGUCGGCUCUCUCUGCCUACCACAGCGGAGUGAUGACCCCCAUGAAGAUCCGCAGUGAGUCCCAGAGCAGCCUGCGCCUCUACAGCGGCAGCCCCACACGCAGCGAGAAGGAGCAAGUCUCCAUCAGCUCCUUCUACUACAAGGAACGGAAGCCUCCAUUCUCUACCCCUCGCCGCUGGUCCAUACAGGCCAUUCACGACUGCCCGAAAUCCCGACGCUGGAAGGGGAAGCGCGAAGGAACGGACUCCAUUAACCGGCCAAUCAAAGCAGCAGGGAAAGUGAUCAUUCAGGAUAUAUCCUGGCUGCUUCCUGUGCACAAGCAACUGGGAGAGACAUACGUACUGCAUGCAAAUGAUAUCCAGGAUACCUGCCAGAGAAAUGCUGCAGCAGCACUGGCUAUUGGCCGCAGAGACCUGGCCAAGGUAUGGGCAUUGGCUUCUGCAGCCACAGGCUCUGAUCUCAGCCCCCACUCCGACCCCGAUGAGAGCACCCCCUGGGCACGACACCCGUUCGGACGACACCUGCUGGAGACACUGCUCGCUCACUUCAGUCAGAUUCAUGACAUCCAGACACUGGCCAUGCUGUGUAGCGUGUUUGAGGGGCAGAGCAGCCCCCAGGACUACCUCUCUCUCUAUGGACAAUUCCCACACCGCACCUCCAUCUUCACACCACCCAACAGAUUUCCUAGCUGCACCUCAUCCGGUUCCUGCUCCAACACCUCCCAUUCUGGCCUCAACACCAGUGGCUGGAAUAUUGUGGGCAGGGACCCUGAGCACACCCUACCCUGGGGGGAAUCCUCUCCUGAUGACUAUCGUUUUGGAAACCAGGCGCACACAGACCCCAGAGAGCGGGAGAAGGAGCAGCAUGACAAGAACAAACGGCUGCUGGACCCAGUGAACAGCCUGCAGUUCGAUGACUUUAAGAAGUGUUACGGGGAGAUCCUGUACCGCUGGGGUCUGCGAGAGAAAAGGGCUGAGGUCCUCAAGUUUGCAUCAUGCCCCCCAGAGCCUCACAGGGGGAUUGAGUUCGGAGUAUAUUGCUACCAUUGCCGCAGUGAAGUCAGGGGGACACAGUGUGCCGUCUGCAAGCGACUCACUUUCCAGUGUGCCAUCUGCCAUGUGGCUGUUCGCGGCUCCUCCAACUUCUGCCUCAACUGCGGCCACGGUGGCCACACCAGCCACAUGAUGGAGUGGUUCUGCACGCAAGAGGUCUGCCCCACAGGCUGUGGCUGCCACUGCCACCUGCAGAGCACCUUCUGAGAUGGGGGAGGUGGGGGUCCACCACUAGAAAUCACUGUCUGACUGGCUGGAGACAGGCAGCUCUUCCAGCAGCUGGAUGUUUUUUAUACAUAAUUGCCCCUAUUUAUCAAAGCAGUUCACUCGUCUACAAAUAUUAAGGAAAAACAUACUAGUAACGUUACAAAAUAACAUAGGUGGACUGGUUUUAAAGUGCAAACUGGAGUAAACAGUUAUGGUGAUUAUUGGCCAGUGUGUAUGUAUGAUGGAGGGACUAUAAAGAGUGAGGAAGCUGACCUUAAUGAAGGUGCAUCAUCAUCUUUGUUCAUGAAGAAUUUAAAUCUCCCACCUCAGCCCUGUAGAAAUGCACUGUAGAGAUGAAAUUAACAGUGUAACCACUAAUGUGAUAUGUGCUUUGAAUGCCUGGCUGGCUGUGAAAUGUGUGCAGCAGGGAGAGAGAAAAAUGGUGAUGCAGUUACACAGCUGUAAUUUCAACUGUGAACUUUUUAACUGAAUAGUGGACUGUAGGUUUGAAGCUCUCAGUCCAUUCCUGUGCCAUCUGAAUGCACUGGACCCUAUUUUAUGUGAGUGCAUGUCACUGAACAACCACAUUUAAUCUUAUUCUCAUUAACACUGGGGACUGAAGGAUUCAACGUUUGAGAGAAGAUGAUGUAUGGAAGGUGUCUUAUAGUAGGGUGGGGUAAAGGUAAACAGGGUCAUCAAAAAUAAACUUCAUUAUAUUUAUAAUGUCCUGUAGAUAAACAGAGGGCUUUGGUCUCCAUGCUUCAAAUGCAACUUAUUGCAUAACAGAGCUGUAGACCUAAAAAAGGAUCAACACAUGGUAUUUGUACAGAAGACAUGUGUCUAAAUGUAAAUUGACUUGUCUGUACAGAGAAAUCAUUUAUAAAUAACAAUAUGUCAAAUAAACAUGCUUGUUUAAUUAA